GGCUGCACGACAUCAGCAGGUUACACUCCAGGACUGCGGCAUACGGAGGUUCGAAUGCGGGCGUUAUAAGGGUCCCCUGGAUAUGUGACGCGAAAAAUGAGGAGCUCACAGGACGAGCAGAGGACUCCUCGUCUUUGCGCAGCAUUGUCGCUUUUGUAAACAAAGCACCCCCCCACCUCCCAAAGUCGCCAGAAAGGACACACGCUUCAUGACUAGAUGGGCCUCCGCUGGCGUCUUCGGUCUCGAUGAGGCGGUCAGUUGGUCCGGCCGGCUGGUCGCCGAGCAUGAUGUGUCCCCGCAGUCAGCAGAACCUCGUGCUCGCUUCUCAUUGUUCAUCGGGGGUUUGGCAGCAAAGCGGUUAAAGGGGGCGGCGUCCCGACGGGGAAGACCAGCCUGUGUGUGCUGUGUGCAGCCCGCGAUCAGCACCGAGGACAGAUCUGGCGACACGCGGGCGGGCGAGCGAUCAGCACCGAGGACAGAUCACGGCUGUGGCGCACGGAGCCCCCACCCACCCCAAGCGCCUGGCCUGGAUGCGCAGCAAGGAUGUGCCCCCGACAGAUGAGACAAAGCUGAGAGACCGGCCAGCGCGCGAAGGACAUCGUAGAUUCCAGCACGGGCUCGAUAUAGCGCAGCACGGUGACGAAGAGCGACACAGAGAGAGUGAGAGAGAGAGGCGCGCUCCUGAAAGGGGAGGGGAGCGCGAGAGUGCGGGAGCGCGCCGAGCUCAGAACCCAGGACAGCACCCGCGCAGGUGCGCCACUCCGUCCGGCGCCAUCCGGGCUGCGAGGCACGCAGCGCCGAUACACACGGAUGACUGCGACCACUCGUGUGAGGGAAUGCGGACAGACGAGACGAUCUGGUGGCAGCAGGCGCGCCGUUUUCAUGGCCUCGUCGGCGACAUAACGGAGUCGGUGUUUAUCAGCCAGAGUGCCAGACGGUGACAGCCAGCAUUUGACGGGCACUCUCAGCUUUUGCCCUUCUCAUGAACGUUCGCCAGCGCUGAAUGCCUGAGAGCACCCGUUCUGGCUGCCAAUCUCACACAGGGCAUUGAAGGCCCCGCUCACCCUGCACGCUCCUCAAGACUGUCCCCUGCUUCUUCAACGCUGGCAUCAUGGGCACGGUGCUCUCUCUGUCGCCCAGCUACAGGAAGGCGGGCCUGUUUGAAGACGGCCCGGCCACGGUGGGCCACUACACGGCUGUGCAGAACAGCAAGAACGCCAAGGACAAGAACCUGAAGAGACACUCCAUCAUCUCGGUCCUACCAUGGAAGCGGAUUGUGGCCGUGUCAGCCAAGAAGAAGAGCUCCAAAAAAGUGCAGCCCACCAGCACCUACCAAAACAACGUGACUCAUCUCAACAAUGAGAAUCUCAAGAAGUCCCUCUCCUGUGCCAACCUGUCCACGUUCGCCCAAGACGGCGGCCAGGUCCCCGGCUCUAAGACCUCCAGCAAUGUGGUGUCCUCAGCCAAGAAGGUCCCGGCCUCCAACUGCACGGGCCCGGGGACCCCGAAGCGGGUCAUCGUGCAGGCGUCCACCAGCGAGCUCCUGCGAUGUCUCGGAGACUUCCUGUGCCGGAGGUGCUACCGGCUGAAGCACCUGUCGCCCACCGACCCGGUGCUGUGGCUGCGCAGCGUCGACCGCUCCCUGCUCCUUCAGGGCUGGCAGGACCAGGGCUUCAUCACCCCGGCCAACGUGGUCUUCGUCUACAUGCUCUGCAGGGACGUGGUGUCCUCAGAGGUGGCCACAGAGCAUGAACUGCAGGCGGUCCUGCUCACCUGCCUCUACCUGUCCUACUCCUACAUGGGCAAUGAGAUCUCAUACCCGCUGAAGCCCUUCCUGGUAGAGAGCGCCAAGGAGGCCUUCUGGGACCGCUGCCUGUCCAUUAUCAACCUGAUGAGUGCCAAGAUGCUGCAGAUCAACUCGGACCCCCACUACUUCACUCAGGUCUUUGCUGACCUCAAGAAUGAGAGCCAGAAGGAGGAGGAGCGCAGCAGGCUGCUGAUUGGCCUGGACCGGUGAGCCACCGGGGGGCUGGCAUAGAGACGGGCUCGAUUCUGGCCCGUCAUGCCCGUGGCAGAGGGGGUCUGCCAAGCUGUCGAUGACAUUUCUGCACCUGAUUUCAUCGCCCCCUUGUGGCGGGCAAGAGCCAGAAUUGCGUGCAUCUCUGUUUAUACUGACUGGUGGCUCGAGAGGAACUUUUGGGGAGUUUGACACGUGUUCGCCACAGCCCAGGCGCUGCCCGUGGUCCUCAUGCCGUUUCUAUUUCUGUUUACGCUGGCACAGUGCACCGGGCACCACCAUCGGCAGUGAGCAUCUUUUUGCCCCAUUGGAUAGGCUCCAUCUGGGAGGCGUUUCUGGCAGUGCAAAGACUGGGCACAACUGUGCGGGCAGCUGGUGAUGGUUGGGGUGGUGUGGCACGACCGGACCACUCGAGGCUCUACAUGGCUGCCAAAAAAAAAGACGGAUCAUGGAAGUGAAAAAAGGCGGCGGGGGGCCGGACUGGAGGCUGCUCUCUCUGCCGAUGUCACCUCACAAAGUCCUUGCAUGUGUUCACUUGGUGUCAAUGCCACAAGGGGGCGCUGCCAAUCAUGCCUGGUGCCAACAGACACACCCACGAGCCCCGAGUCACCGCUAAUGUGCCAUUGUCUGCAUUCACAAGUCACACAAGAUGAGCGAGCGAGCGAGUGAGCGAGGGUGGGCCGCACCGCCUGGACUUGAACCCGAGUCGCCACCUCUUUAUAUUCCCGUGUCAGUGUGUAGAGCAGGAAUGUGUUAGCUGUGUCCCCGAGUGCGUGUGUGUGGCGUGGCCUGGCAGGGCGACUGCCCGACUUCUGCCAUCGUCACCUCCUCUGAUUUCUGCUUCUUUGUAUUUAUUUUUGUACAGUCGUGGAGAAUAAAAAGGCACUACAUGGUG